CAGAAUUCACAAUAACGCGCAAGCGUUAGCAGUUUUUUUUGUUCUCCGUAAAUACUGCAGGCCUAUUUACUCCUUAAAAAAGGUUGAGGGACGCUGAUAGAAGGUGCUGCUGUGUUCUCGGAUUGUUUUGUAAUCAUGGCAGAUUACCUGAUCAGUGGCGGUACCGGCUACGUUCCAGAUGAUGGUCUUACCGCUCAGCAGCUUUUCCUAAAUUCGGAUGGACUUACCUAUAAUGACUUUCUGAUCCUUCCUGGAUUUAUAGACUUUACAGCUGAUGAAGUGGAUUUGACAUCUGCUUUGACCAAAAAGAUCACUCUGAAGACUCCCCUGAUCUCUUCUCCUAUGGAUACAGUCACAGAAUCGAGUAUGGCAGUUGCAAUGGCCGUGAUGACCAAGAGGGAGGAAUUGGUUGUGGCUCCAGCUGGUGUCACGCUCAAGGAAGCCAAUGAUAUUUUGCAGCGCAGCAAGAAAGGAAAACUGCCAAUUGUGAACGACAAUGAUGAAUUAGUCGCUAUUAUUGCUCGAACAGACUUGAAAAAGAACAGGGAACACCCAUUUGCAUCAAAAGAUUCCCGCAAACAGCUGCUGUGUGGAGCUGCAAUUGGUACCAGAGAAGAUGACAAGUACCGGUUAGACCUCCUUGUGCAGGCUGGUGUGGAUGUAGUGGUUCUGGACUCAUCUCAGGGAAAUUCAGUUUUUCAGAUUAACAUGAUCCAUUACAUCAAACAGAAAUACCCUGAGCUACAGGUGGUUGGUGGGAAUGUUGUGACUGCAGCUCAGGCUAAAAAUCUCAUAGAUGCUGGCGCAGAUGCCCUUCGAGUUGGAAUGGGCUGUGGCUCUAUCUGUAUCACUCAGGAAGUUAUGGCAUGUGGUAGGCCACAAGGCACAGCAGUGUACAAAGUUGCAGAGUAUGCCCGCAGGUUUGGAGUGCCAGUAAUAGCCGAUGGUGGAAUUCAGACAGUUGGACAUGUUGUAAAGGCAUUGGCACUUGGAGCAUCUACAGUGAUGAUGGGUUCCUUGCUGGCAGCCACAACUGAGGCCCCUGGUGAGUACUACUUCUCAGAUGGCGUGAGACUGAAGAAGUACAGAGGAAUGGGUUCACUUGAUGCCAUGGAGAAGAAUAGUAGUAGUCAGAAAAGAUACUUCAGUGAAGGAGACAAAAUUAAGGUUGCUCAAGGUGUAGCUGGAUCUGUCCAAGAUAAAGGAUCAGUCGUGAAAUUUGUUCCUUAUCUCAUUGCUGGGAUUCAGCAUGGCUGUCAGGAUAUUGGAGCAAAGAGCCUUUCUAUCAUGCGGUCCAUGAUGUAUUCUGGAGAACUGAAAUUUGAGAAGAGGACCAUGUCAGCUCAGGUUGAAGGUGGCGUCCAUGGACUUCAUUCUUACGAAAAACGGUUAUUCUGAAGGAGGCUGUCGUGCUUAUCGUGGGGCUCCAGACGUUCCAGUUCCAAUAGCAACUGUACAUAAUGGGCAUAUCUGACGAGGCUUAAGCUUUCACACUGUGUGGUUUUCAUCUAACUGAAGUUGACUAACCAGUGAAAAAAAAUGAAGUCGCACUACAAGCAAGCAAAAGUCCUGGGGCCAGUGUAAUUAUUGCUAAAACCAGCUUAGUUUAGGCAAAGGAUUGCCAGUAUUUUCUUUUGAAGCUUCGGUGUGUCAGAACUGCAUUGAUGGAAUCGUGGAUACUAACAUAAGAAAAAUUACCUUUGCCGUAGCUGCUGUUUUUGAUUGCAGCUGUCUGGAAUGAAGAAAUCUUGAGUGAAUUUAUAGGCAGAGCAUUGCCUGUUUUUUUGAAUAGACAGGCGUUCUUUAGAUCAACAUAACUGCCUGUAGAAUGUGGCUGCCGCUGGACAAAUAAGCUGCAUUGUCUUUGUCAGGAAAUACUAUAUUUGCAAGCUUUACUACUUUUUUUUAAGUCAAGUGCUUUCCCAUGUUCUGGCCAGAUUGGUCAAGGUAAACAGGUUAUUCUAGUUAGAUCCCACCCAAGUUUGAAAACAAUAUUCUUGUGACAGGCACACAAGAUGUAUUUGCAGAGUAUAGUGUAGUUCACUUAUUGCUGUAGGGAUGUUACUGUUAAUGUUUGCCAUCAAAGAACCUUUUGAUCGUGGGACAUUCUCAACUGACAGGUCAUCAGAUGGCACUUGCAUGUCAAGUUUUGAACAGUUCAUGACUCCGUCCUUUGCUUGAGAUCCAGUCAUUGCAGAUUUUUUCAAAGUAACUGCUUCAAACAGUUUAAUUUUAUUUAAUCUGUAUUUUUCACCACCUUUCAUGGAAACAAGGCUGGAACCUUUGAUAAUUUUGAUUUCAUUUUUUUCAGCAUAUUUGUCUUUCUGUCUUGGUGUAUGACUUUUUCCAUCAUGGGAUCAUCAUUGUAUGUGAUCAGUUUUGGUAGUAGUUCAGAGCCAAGAAAAUGGGAAAUUUGCAUUCUUGCAGACAUGUAGACUUUUUUCUUUUAAAAUGCUGUUUAAACCGUAAUGAUCUGAAUGCUGAAGGAAGCUGCAAUCUGUGAAAAGAUGCCAUAGGCAUUACUGGUUUAAAACUUGCAUAUAUGGCCUGUUAUUUCUGAAUGUUGGAACAAGUUCUUGACCAGUUGUAUAUUUAGCACAGUGAUAAUUUCAUCUGUGGGCAACAGCAUUGACACUCCAAACUUUAUACACUGAGUUUUGUUGAAGCUGUUUUGGAGAGGUACUGGGGGGAAUAUCAGACUGCCAGCUUUUUAUUUAUUUUUUAAUUUUUAUGUGAUGUUUGUACUAGGGAAGUAAACUGAAUCAGGUCACCAACUCCCAAUUUUUCUGUAACUUCAGGUGCUAGUGAUACUAGAGAAACGUUUGAACUAAACUUUUAAAAAUGUUUAGAAGUAAGCGUAUUACAUAUUAUGUUGUGUGAUGUAUAAAGUGUAAAAAGUUUACAUUAUACUUAAUGCAUUAUACUUUAUUUUACCAUUGUAUGCAGUAAAACUUAGGAGACGUUUAUAAUGAUACUGAAGUCUUUAGAAAUAAUACAUAACCAUUUGAUAUGAAAUUGUCAUUAUUGUUCCCACUUGCUAUUUGUAUUUUGCACUCUGUACUGAGAGUCACUGACUAAACAUUAGAAAUUUAAAAGUAUAGAUAUGUAUAUAAAUUGCAUAAGUGUAUUUUAAUUAUGCUUUCAAAGUAAGGCAUAUAGCCAUUGGCAGUUUUAAGGUCAUUAAGAAUAGUUGGUCCAUUUGAAGUACUGCUUUUCUUCUCUGAUGUUGGUUAGUACAUUAUACCAGUAAAGUUUUUUGUUUUUAAAAACGCAUCAUUUUUGGUGCCCUCAAUUUGAUUUUUUUUAACCAUUAUUCACUGCCUGCCAGCAGGUUAUCAUUUUGUGAUUAAAUACAUUUUUAUGGAAAGGUGGCAUGUAUUUUUGGGGGGGAUGCAGCUACUGUUGUGGUCCAGCCUCAUACCCCCAAGCUGAUAAAUCAUUUGGUGGGGGGGGGCACGCUCCUUCCCUUAGCUUAACCCAUUUUGCUUUUAAAUGUUUUAUGUAGCUCUGCUGGCCUUUGUUUACUGCUUCCUCCCCUUAUAUAAAAUAGCACUGAACACACAUUUUUAUUUAAUGUGAAAGUUUGAUUCUCAUUUUAAAGUUCUUGAAGUAAAUCGCACAAUUUUAUUCUGGUGGUUCCUUUUGGAGAAAUGGGUAGGCACAUUCAUAUUCUCAGUGACAUCUGUAAGCAGGUGAGUACAGUUAGUAUCCAACAACUAAAUGCGCUUCUUAACUUUAGCAGUUUUCUGGUGGGUGGAAGAUAGUGGUACCUUUUCUUGCUGGCUUCACUGAUCAGUUAGAGGGACAGCCUUGAAAGUAACUCUGUUGUUCCAAGCAUCUGGAAGCUGACCAGGAACAUCUGUGGAAAGGGCCCAAGAAAAAGAAAAGGUUGGAAUGAAACCUUGACUAUGAUUUUUAUGUUGCUUGUGUUGGAUUUGCUUGUGUUGAAUUAGGAGCAUGGGCGCUAGAAGGGCUAGUUGGUAGGUGUUUUGACUUGAGCAGCUGACUCCAGUUUGUUAUCCUGGGGACAAGGGAGGCAUCCUGCUCCAUCCCAUUAGUGAGGCCUAAUAGCGGGUCACUUGUGAAAGAAAAAGCAGGCAGUUAAGUUGCACAUGUGCUAUUGAAUGUGUUGUGGGUGGGAGUAUGCACAUCCAUUUCCUACCCACACAGCUGUAUUCAGCUGGCCCCAAUGAGGAGAGGUUAGGAUGGGCCUGGGGCAUCUACAAAACCAGAACACUGAGCUUCUGCUCCCUAAUUCUGGACUCUAACCUCUGCAAGAACAAAUCAGCCAGAUGGCUGUCAUCUAGUUCUGGGAGUGCUUGAGUCUCUCACCUGGAAGAGCCAAAUCUGAUGCAAGUAGGGCAACAAUUGUGUCAUGUCUGUCCUGCAGAAGGGGGGACAUAAGAAAGGUUGGAACUCUGUCCCAGGACUUAUUGGUGGUGAGUGAUGUCAGCAGCUCUGAUUACUGGGAUCUGCAGCUGCAGCAGUGCUGUCCAUUUCAGCAGUCCCUCAUAAGCUAAAUGUUUUCAUUGACGUACAAUUCCAGACUAAUUUUACAAGUUUAAUUUUGUUCAUGAGUGUUCUCUACACUACACUAAAUUCUAAUGGUGAUGUGAGAUUCACACAACUUAGGGUGUUUCUUGUACUAUGAUGCAUUUGGAGGAAAAUAAGCAAGCUUUUAGUAGUAUUAACUUUUGUCUCCUAAUUGAGCUUUUCAAGACAAAACAUUUUCAAAAGUUUGCUACUGCUCUGAAGCUGGACAGAAGUUAAUGUGCUCUUCUUUAUCCCACUCAAGUGUAAUCACCCUUUUGUCAUUCACUGUACCCCAUUUUUGCAAAUUAUAAAAUGUAUUCUUACUAAAUAACAUCCUUUUGAAUACUUUCUAUCCUGAAAAGUUUACUUCAAGAGUACAAGCUGUUUAAAAUUAAAAUGUGUUUAUUUUCCUUUAAACUAUGUGGCAGAAGCCACUGAUGGUGAGGCUUCAUUGGUAGGAAUUCCUAGCUUGUCUGUAAGAGUGACAUGAACAAACAUUGACAGUUUCAUUUAGCUAUGAUACCCUAGAUAAAACUGACAGUUCUUUGGUCUUAUUGAACCAAGAUACUUCAAGCUACUUGGUACGCAAGUCAGACCCCUGGGAGCAUCUUAGCUGAGCAGUGGCAAUUUAAAUGCUACUCAACUGAGAAAUGAAUUGGCCAUCAAAUUACUUGUUUUGUUAAAAAGAAAUUAGCAGACAUUUUGGUCAUGCUGUGCAUUAAUUAAUAAUAGUAAUUUCAGAAGAUGAAAGAUUUGAAUGGAUUUUAUACCUUCUCCGGGUUGGUUGCUUAAAAUCUUGACUGGGCAUGUUUGGACUCCCAAAAGCCAAAAUACAUAGUAUCUAAAAGCCAAAAUAGAUAGUGUGCUUUUUUGUUUCAAGAAGUAGUUUGGGCAUUUUGGGCAUAGGAAUAUCUACAGUGAGGACACACCUCAAUAGUGAGCUGCCACCGAUAGCUGAUGCCACCAAGGAAAAUAAAGACUAGAGCAUUUACUCGCUGACAAGGCUGUGAUAUUUAAAGUCUCAGUCAUGAGAAUGUUAACUACUUUAGUGUUCAUAUUUGUGAUAUAAACUGUUUUUUCUGUUUUUUUUUUUUUUUCAUUUUCUACAGACUUGAAAUAAAAAUAUUAUUGAAAAGCCAAGACAUUUAGUUGAGGGAUGACACCAAAACCCUUUGAGCACCCUGCUUUUUGUUAGUUACAAAGUGACUUUAAGCCCCCAAGGAAGACUAAAUGUUCUUUUGCUGUUCAGUUUUUUUAUUCUUUUUAUUUGUAAUUCCAGAUGUACAGUUUCUAAGAUGCAUUGCUUUAUUGGGCUGUUGUGUUCAAAAGCUUUGUCUGUAGAAAUUUUUAUCUAUAUAUUGUAUAAUAAAAUAGAAUGCAUUAAGAAAAAAAA